AUGAAUCCGGCGAGCCUCACCACUGGUGAAGAUCCCCCUCCCCUGCUCCUCCCUCCUGACCCUCCUGACCCAACCUCAUCUCUUUCCCCAGUCCAAUUUCCUCCAUUAGGUACCAAACCCCCAAAACUUCCUCUUCCUCCAAAAACCUUAUCCUCUCCCAAAUCUGGGAAUCCUGCUCCUUCAACUACUGAAACCUUGUUGUCUCAGACAAUCUUGACUCGGCCUUUAGAAUUUCUGUCUAAGGCUGCAACUUCUACUACUCCUUCACCUACCGUUGGAGUUGAAAACACUGGUCCAAAUUUGGAACCAAUGGCUACUGUUACAAGUGAAUCUCUUGUCCCUUCUCCACUAGAAAUUGAAACCUUGACUGAUAAAACACUAAACUCUCAAAACCCUAAUCCUAAAUUCACGGUUCUUCCUCCACAGAACUCCUCCCCUCUUAACACAAAUAAAGCCUCCACAACUAACCCCAAACCCGUGUCUACUCUUGUAGAUGUGGAGAUGGCUUCCCCAACCCCCCCAGUACCAACCUCUACUUCAAACCUCUCUCCAGUAACCCCUUUGCAACCUAACCCUCCUACCCUGGUUGAAAGAAUUAGACUUUCCGAAGAUAAAACCUUGCAGCGACUAGCGCCAGUAUCCUAUUCUGAAACAGGCAGACCUAGAGUUCUAAUACCAGAUGCUGUAUUUCAAAAAGGAGCUGAGCUGCACAAGGACUUUAUAAUCUGCUAUUACAAUGGAAGAGCGCCUCCCUUCACUCAAAUUCAAAGCGUGUUCAACCAUAUGUGGGGGAAAGGUAAAAAGCUUGAAAUCCACAACAACCCACUAAACAGAACAACAAUUGUGAGAAUCACAAGUGAGUACCUGAGAAAUAAGAUCCUGGAGAAGUCCAUAUGGUAUGUGGGAGAUACUAUGUUUCAUACAGCCUUAUGGUCCUCUACUACCUCAGCGCAGCCUCCGGCCAUGGACUCCAUCAAAAUAUGGGCUCACCUCACUGGAGUGCCUCUGGAUCUUAGACACAGAGAAGGGUUAAGUCUCGUUGCUGGUUUGGUUGGAGAUCCAAAAGAAACCGACGCUUUCACCUUGAACCUGGUCAGUUUAUCGCUCUCUCAUGUUAAAGUUGAGGUGGAUCUCACAAAGCCUCUUCCAAGUGUUGUUGAGUUUGAACGUCAAAGUGGUGAAGUGGUAGAAGUGUUGGUAUCAUAUCCUUGGCUUCCACCCACCUGCUCCCAUUGCAAAGAGCUGGGUCACAUUGCGCGUAACUACCUAAAACUCCCAGUACCCCCUGCUGCGCCUCCUGGUAAAGGAAAGGGCUCAAUGAGGAAACCUGAUAAAAAGGAAACAAAAGAGAAGUCAGCUCCGCAGGUCCAAUAUGUGGCAGUAAAGGAUCACAAUACAAAGAAACCCUUAGGUGAAGCAGAAUCUGGUUCUGCCACAGUGAACCUCUCCUCACCAAGAACUCCGUUCUCAAAGGAUUCUCAAUCUAUUCCGCUUCCUAUGGAUACUGAGAACUCUUUCUCUAUUCCAAAAUCUACUACCCAAACACAUAUCAAAGAACUUACCCUGCCCCAUAUCAUGUCCUCCAUCUGUCCAAGAUGGAACUAUGCUUCCAACCACCAAGCUGAUGAUGAUGGAAGGGUGAUCCUCAUUUGGCGAGACCCACUGUCAGUCUCGAUCAUUUCCCAAUCUCGGCAAUCAGUUACUUGUGAAAUCAAAAUCCCGGGUCUUCCAGCCUUCAUUUACACUGUUGUUUAUGCUGCUAAUACGAGCCAGGAGCGGACAGACCUCUGGGCUGAGCUAACCCAUCUUCAUUCUGUCUCCGACCUCGACUCUAAGCCUUGGAUGAUGGGAGGUGACUUUAAUCAGAUCCUUCACUCUACAGAGCAGUCCGUACCCUUUGAUUACAACAACUCUUCUGCCAUGUACCAAUUCAGAGAUACUCUUUUGCAAGUGGGGUUGUUUGACUCAAGAUUUCAAGGGCCCAGUUUCUCCUGGCCAAAUAAACAGCAUGCACUCCCCAUUGCUAAGAAACUUGACAGGAUGCUCCUCAACUAUGCAUCUAUUCAGUCCUUCCCUCAUGCUACUUCCUUCUUCCAAGCCCCUAUGAUAUCUGAUCACUCCCCCUGUCUCACUGACUUAGCCUUCCCCUUACCCAAAGCUGGAACCCAACCUUUUAAGUUCCUUAACUAUCUCACCAAACACCCAAAUUUUCACCAAGUGGUUCAGGAUGCGUGGAAUCAGGCUGGAAGUUUGUGCAUGGACAUUGCAAGUUCAAUCACUAGACUCUCCAUCGGCAGAGACAUUCCUUCAAGAGUCUAUCUUAAGUCAAAAAUGGCACUUCCUGCGACAGAUAGAGGAAAGUUACUUCAAACAGAAGUCAAGAAUAAACUGGUUAAGCCUAGGAGAUCAAAAUACUACCUUCUUUAA